AUGGCUUAUAGGCAUUUUGUAUGGAAAUUUGGUGGUGGAAGAAAAAGAUCAGUAAUGUCAAUCAUUCCAGAAGAGAUACGCUAUGAAAUCCUCUCAAGAUUACCAGUGAAAUCGCUAUUAGCUUGUAAGUGUGUUUGCAAGAAUUGGUAUGCCCUAAUCUCAGCCUCUGAUUUCGUUAAAACCCAUAUUGCAAUUCAGAAAAAUAACCCUAUUCUCAUGCUUGAAAAAGGUUGUGACCUUUACUCCAUAGGUUAUGAUUCAUUACCAUCAUCACCUGUGUGUGAUAUUAAAAAUGAUGUUAUUAAAGUGGAUCACCCACAUCAUUGUGUUGGAUUAUUAAGUUCAUGUAAUGGUCUGAUUUGCAUAUGGAUAUGGUUGCUUGUUGACGGUGGUUAUAAUAGGGAUGUAUUGUGUCUAUGGAACCCAGCCACAAGAGAAUAUAAAGAAUUACCUGAAUCACCAAUUGGAUUUACUAGAAACAAUGUUUGCGUACAUGGAUUUGGUUAUGAUCACAAGACUGAUGAUUACAAGUUGGCAAUAGGUGUAAAAGCUCCUGGAAGCAAGGAUACUACUCUAGUCCAAAUCUAUUCUUUAGCAUCCAAUUUAUGGGAAACUGAGAAAACCAUACCUUAUUGGUUUAGUGAUAUGCAUAUGUCUGGGGUACUUGUUAAUGCAAACCUUCAUUGGUUAGCCUUAGGACAUCACAACUUUUUAUCACUCUCUUUGGAUAUCAGUGAUGAGAAUUUCAAAGAAAUGCAACUACCAAGAGAAACCCCGGAGAUGAAUAAGGAUAUGUGCCUAGGUGUGCUGCAAGGGUGCCUAUGUUUACUUGUCAAGACAGAUGUUAAUGGUGUUAAGAAUUAUUUUGAAGUAUGGGAGAUGCUGGAUUAUGGAGUUCGAGAAUCUUGGACUAAGCGUCAUGUCAUCGCCCAUGAGAGUAUUAUCAAUGAACAAAAAUAUUUUAGGCUUGUGCGGUCUUUUAAGAACGACGAGAUUCUGCUCUUCAGUGGUGAUAUUCUAGUUUUGUAUGACCCAAAACAUGGAAGUGCUAGAGAACUAAAAAUCCACAAUGCUCCAUUCUGGAACGCCGAGACUUAUUUUGAAAGCUUAGUUUCUUUGAAUUCUGGUACUUACGUGGUGGAAGAAUAUAAGGGUAUGACUGAAGACACAUUAGCCCAACUAAGUAACGCAAAAAAAUGCUUUUGUUUAAUGUCUACUAAACACGUUAGUUAUCUUUGUCAGUUACUCUUACCUCCUUUUUCUAUGUCAUCAUGUAUUACAAUGUGGAGAAUGCCAUUCACAGCUGAAGUGACGAAACUUGGGAUCAGCUCCCUUCAGAAGCUUCUCUAUAUUGUAUCCGAGCUAUAUCAAGUUAUGUUUCAGUUGUUGAAGCUGACGUAA